CAGAAAGCCAAGAAGAAGAAGAAGAAGAAGAAGAAGCUAAAUAUAGCUCAAAGUAGAGAAGGAGAUCUUCAUAUUUGAAUCUAUUGGAUAAUAAUCUGAUAAUGGCAGCCUCAGUUAUGGCGUCAGUGAGCUUGAAACCAGCGCCUUUCACCGUCGAGAGAUCGGCGGCGAGAGGACUUCCUUCACUUUCUAGGGUUUCCUCUUCUUCCUUCAGAGUUGUCGCCAGUGGUGUCAAGAAGAUUAAGACUGACAAGCCCUAUGGAAUCAAUGGUGGAAUGAGCUUGAGGGAAGGUCUUGAUGCCUCCGGCAGGAAAGGCAAGGGAAAGGGAGUUUACCAAUUUGUAGACAAAUACGGUGCUAAUGUCGACGGAUACAGUCCAAUCUUCGACACCAGAGACUGGUCUCCAAGUGGUGAUGUCUAUGUUGGUGGUACGACUGGGUUGGCCAUUUGGGCUGUGACUCUAGCCGGUCUUCUUGCAGGAGGUGCCCUUCUUGUCUACAACACAAGUGCUUUGGCACAGUAAAACUAGAAUCCUCUUUUCUCUUUAUGCUGUAAUUUGUAAUAUUAUAGCGGUUUCUCCAUGUAACUGUCCAGACAAGAAUAUUCACCAUAUACUCUAUGAACCUUUACUUGUAAUGUCUUGUAUCUUAUUCCUUGCUACUUUAUAUUUUUCCUAUUUGACUGUUUUUUCGCA